CUGCAUAGAGCGGCGGAGAGAAAUGCUCUUGUCGACGAUAUAUCUGCGGCGACUCAAUCGACUUCGAAUCGUUUCUUCACACUCCUCCGUUCGGCUUCUCUCUGCAAAACCCGUCUCCGACGAAAAGCUCCGAGCUCAGGUGGAUGAGUCAAGCUACGAUCAGAAAACAGUAUGCGAAGCCAUCACAUGUUACAGCAACGACUGGCAAAAGGCGUUGGAGUUUUUCAAUUGGGUCGAAAAGGAAUCAGGAUUCAAACACACCACCGAGACAUUCAACCGUAUGAUCGAUGUUCUCGGUAAGUACUUCGAGUUCGAUGCUUCCUGGGCUUUGGUUAACCGUAUGAAGGAGAACCCGGGUUCGAUUACCAAUCACGUCACUUUCCGUAUAAUCUUUAAACGUUAUGUUACUGCGCAUCUUGUUCAAGAGGCUUUAGAUACUUACGAUAGGUUAGAUGAUUUUAAUUUGAGAGAUGAGACGUCUUUUUAUAAUCUAGUGGAUGCGCUCUGUGAGCAUAAGCAUGUGGUUGAAGCAGAGGAGCUCUGUUUUGGGAAGAGUGUGGUUGGUAAUGGUUUUAGUGUGAGUAAUACUACUAAGAUUCAUAACUUGAUUCUUCGUGGGUGGUCUAAGUUGGGAUGGUGGGGUAAGUGUAAAGAGUAUUGGGAGAAGAUGGAUAAGGAAGGUGUUGUGAAGGAUCUGUUUUCGUAUUCUAUUUACAUGGAUAUAAUGUGUAAGAGUGGGAAGCCUUGGAAAGCUGUGAACUUGUACAAGGAAAUGAAGAGGAAGAAGAUAAAGCUAGAUGUUGUUGCGUAUAACACUGUGAUUCGCGCCAUUGGAGCAUCGCAAGGUGUUGACUUUGGUGUUAGAGUGUUUAGGGAGAUGAAGGAAAGAGGUUGUGAACCUAACGUUGCGACUCAUAACACGAUUAUUAAGCUCUUAUGUGAAGAAGGGAGGGUGAAGGAUGCGUAUGGGAUGCUUAACGAGAUGCCUAAGAAAGGUUGUCAACCAGAUUCCAUUACUUAUAUGUGCUUCUUUGCGCGUAUGGAGAAACCUGGCGAGAUCUUGAGUCUGUUUGGUAGGAUGAUAAGGAGUGGGGUUAGGCCGAGGAUGGAUACUUAUGUGAUGCUUAUGAGGAAGUUUGAGAGAUGGGGGUUUCUUCAGCCGGUUUUGCAUGUGUGGAAGACGAUGAGAGAGUCUGGGGAUACUCCUGAUUCAGCUGCUUAUAACGCUAUGAUUGAUGUUUUGAUUCAGAAAGGGAUGUUGGAAAUGGCUAAGGAGUAUGAAGAUGAGAUGGUUGAAAGAGGGCUAUCUCCAAGGAGAAGGCCUGAGUUGGUAGACACGUCACUAGAAGAGAAGCUAGUUUGUAGAUAAUAGAAAAGUCAGUUUGAGAGACUAUUUGGUUAUUUGUUUUUGUUCAAAAUGGACAAACAAGUUGAUGUUUAUCGAUUUUGGGAGCUUCUUGUUAUGUGUUCUGUCUUGAUAUCAAGAAGAUUCGUUUGGUUAAAGAAAUCGCCCAAAGGGUAAGGAUCGGAUUGAGUAAUCUGGUUGCACUUGUGAUCAUCGAUUCCCGUGGAAGCUUGAAAGUGGCAUAUGGAUCAAGUAGGUGAGUGAAGAAACCGUGAGAGCAUGAGUCUUUAGCAGGUAAACCUCUUGGUCGAGUUACCUUUGUUGUAUUUGAACCAAAUAAUUAUAGGAUGAUUUUUUUUGGUGAAGAGAUGGAAACUAGAUGAGUUUUAUUUUCAUGUAAACAUAUCAAAUCUUUCAAAAACAUUAAUUUGGUACCUUAACGAGUUUUGCGUGAGAUUUUCAUUUUGAGAGAAUAUAUUUGUGAAGUUGAAAAAAAAGGGAGAGAAUAUUUUUG